UAUUUUUAUCUUAUUUAUUUAUCACGAGGAAACCUCUGGAGACCCAAAAAGUUUCCUUCCGUUUUGCGUACGAGAUUGCGCUGGCCGUCGCUGUUUGUCCGACAACUUUCAGAUCGGUGAGCGACAAUAUCUGCCGGUAUUCACUUACCCAAUAUUUGGUAGCUAACGAUUAUACAGGGUCCUUUUCUUCUAUUUGUAGAUAGAAAUGUCUGCAUAUGAGAAUGUGGUGCCAGGGAAGCUAAAACUUAAGGGAAAGGCACUCGAUGUUAAACCCGGUGGCGUUAAGAAGAAAAGUAAGAAAAAGAACAGAGCUUUCUCUGAUCAGAUUAUUCAAAAAACCAAUAAUGAUGAGAUUUCUCAAGAGAUGGGAAAAAUAGUUGAGAAAGGGACAAAUGACGGAGUGAAAUCCAAAGGUACUUCACAUGUGGAUAGCUUGACUCCAGCGGAGAAGCGCUAUAUGGAGCAAAGGCAGAAGAUAGACAUGCAAAAGAUGGCAAAGACAGCAAAUAAGUCACAUCGUGAUAGGCUUUCAGAAUUCAAUCAGUAUCUUGCCAACAUGAGCGAACACUAUGACAUUCCGAAAGUUGGUCCUGGUUAACCUAUCUUGCAGCAAGUCUUUCAUUGUGGUGGUAACGAUAAUUGGCUUGUUAAGGAUGACAACGAUAAAAGUUCAGUUAAGUUUGAAUCUAUGUUAUGGAUCAUGGCUUUGUAAAACAUAUCACUUUAUCAAAUUUGAAUCAGUUUUCUGUUU